CCGCACGUCCAGUGUAUGAUCUAGAUGGGUAUCUAGCUAACAAUUCCUUCGUCUACUCUCAGGUUCGAAAUCUUCUAUGUUCUAUCAGGGGUUAUGAAUCUUUUCUGUAAAGUACUCAAAGACACCUGUGACUCGCAGAGUGAGGACGAUACCCACUUGCUCGACACAAUUGCGGCACGUUUCUCUCGGGCGGCAGGGUCACACACUUACUUCGGCUUGUGCGGUGAUCUCCACUUGAUGCGAGACUUUGUGUCGGAGCUAUGUCGUCUUGCUCGGUGUGCCAUGUCGAAAGGAAGAUGAUCAAGGCGGCUUGGGGAGAGAUGGCAAUCACAAGUCCGAUAAUGGGAAUAUUAAAUAGCUCCAG